AACAGCAAGGGUCGCGGGCUCACUCGCCGCCGGCCGCCGCUCCAACCAACCAAACAGGCAAACAGUCAUCACCUCGCCUCGCGCGCCUCUUCGAAAUCUCCCCUUCCAAAUUCCAUCCCGAGCGGAACAACCAAACGAAAUCCGCAAUGCCGCGCCGCCGCGAUCGCAAACCUGCGAUGCCGAGCCGCCGCCGGCCGCCCCGGCCACGGGCCCGACUCCCUCCCGGCGAACGCGAACGCCGCCUCGCCGAGGAGGUCCUCUACCUCCACUCCCUCUGGCGCCGCGGCCCUGCCGCCCCCGCCCGAACCCAGUCCCGCUCCGCCGGCCGCAUAACCACCGAGACCAAGCGCCGCAGGCUCGACACCGCCGCCGACCAGCCACAGGAUACCGGGCUCGAGUGGCCCCUUGCGCCAUCCCCGCCGAAUUCCUCCCCGAAAACUUGGCCCGAGGCCGCGCCGGCCUCGUCCCCUUCCCCCGCGAAGCCUCCGCCUCCGCCGCCUUCCCCCGGCGCGCUCGCGCAGCGAGAGGCCCUCCGCUCCGCGGCGGAGUUCUUCUCCAACCGCGACUCCGACGACGACGACGACGGCGCCGGGUCCGAGUCGGAGGGCGAGCAGGACGCGGCGGGGUUCAUCACGGGCCUGUUCGAGCGGGACGCCGCGCUGCGGGGCCACUACGAGCGGGGCUGGGAGGAGGGGCAGUUCGCGUGCGUGGCGUGCGCCGGGGGCGCGAGGAAGCCGGGGCGGCGGUUCCGGGGCUGCGUCGCUCUCGUGCAGCACGCGCGCGCCGCCACGCGGUACGGGAGGCCCCGGGCGCACCGCGCGCUCGCCGCCGUCGUCUGCCGCGUGCUCGGGUGGGACGUCGCCCGGCUGCCCAGCAUCGUGAUCGAUCCCCGGGGCACGCUCGGGCAGGCGCUCGCUGCCGAGGCCAAGGCCGAUGUUCAACUGGCGAAGGAGAAUGAUGCUACUGGGGACGAAAAUGACUCUUCGAGUGAUGAGGAUGAAGAAGAGGAAGAAAUUGAGAAAGAUAAUGGAAACUCAAGUGCCAAUGGUGACGAAGAGGACAAUGAACUAGAGAACAGUGAAGACUCUGCUGAAAAGGAGGAUGUUGAAAAAGGGACGGAGGACUCUAGAAACACCGAGGAGGAGGAGGAGGAGGAUAUUGAACUAGAUAACGGCGAGAAGUCUGCUGAAAAGGAGGAAUUGGAAGAAAACGGUGCAUGGAAUUCCAAAGAGAUUUCUAAGAACGAAGUGCUUCGUAAUAAAUUGGUCCAGGAGGUCAAUACCAGUAAGGAUGAUUCUUUGAACCAAGGUAAUAGUGAAGAAGUUCACAGGCAAGAGAUUGCUAAAGAAUCUUCUGAACAGGAGAAUAUAAACAAUACAUAUCUGCCAGGCUCCAAAGAUAGAUGUAAAAAAUGAAAAGCACUGUAAAGAAGCUGCUGUCCAAGAGAUACUCUAGAAGCAUCUCAUGCAUUCCUGGUAGCUGUGCAAAGACGAUUGCUGAAAUCCCGUUAUGAGAUUCAUUGGAUGGCUGGUGUUCGUGUUGAAGACGCACCAGAAUCCUUAGGCUAACUGCUUAGCUGAUAUAGACGCCAGUAUGCAAACACUUAUUCACUUUAUAAAAUUUGUAUUUCAGACUUUGGGAGACGCAACUCCAAUGGCCGUGAAACUGAGGAACGUUUCCUCCACGAAAUACCAGUUACCUACUUGAGCAUUGUUCAUCUUCGUUGAUGCUGUGGCUGAAGAAGUAAAAAUGUAUGGAUGGGAGAAGCUGCUUGCUUGCUCCGGCAAAACAUGGCGGACUGAUACAGUAUUAGGUUGAUCUGCUGGCAAAAACUAUUUUCGACUACGUAACCUCAUGAAAAUCCUUACUGAUGUUGGCCCGAAAUCAGAUACCUCCAAAUUGGGCCGAGUGUUGAAUCGUUUUGUCCAAAUCUUAUAAUCGAGUCGCCCCUAGCAAAUUGGCCCGAGUGUAGAAUUGUUGUCUGAAUCUUAUAAUCGAACUUUGCUAUGUGCAAGUCUUCUGAAAUCUUCUUUUCAAAAAAAAAAAAAAAGAUCUUCUGAAAUGGGACGUAAUUGUUCGCAUGGUUAAAUUGAAGGGCCCUGAAUUGAAUUUGGGAUGGGUGUAUAAUUGAACUGUUUUGAAUGUUACAUUCAGCAACACCAUCUUUGUAAUUGGGUUGUCCCAAACUUGAAAUUGAAAGCUAUGUGUCGUAAUUGUUUAUCC